UUCUCUUUUAAUUUUUUGGUUCCAAAUUGUUUUCUGUUAAAUUGUUAUGUAAUUGGUGAUUUAAUUGUUUCGUAGUUAAAGUAAAAGUUAACAUGUUAAAUGUUGGACAAUUGUCAUCAUCUCUUUUGAGAAAGAAUAACAUUAAUUUCCAAUCAAUUCGAUGUUUACCCGUUUGGAGUAUUGGAAAUGAACCUCGGAAAAACACUGUUGCCAUUACUCAGAAAACCAAAUGGCUUGGAUUUCUUGUUCCUUUGGGAUCUUUUGUUCAUGAAAGGGAUGUUUUUUAUAAGCAAAAAGGUCUCAAGUUCCAUCCUGGUUUGAAUGCUGCCUUGGAUCCAAGAGACAAUGCUAUCUAUGCAUUGAGAGAUGGGAUCAUUGUGAUUUCCACUGAAAGAUUUAUUCCUGAUCUUACCAAUGAAACUGUUCAGAAACAUUAUGUUGAUUAUGAUGGACCCAUGAUGAUUCGUUAUGCUCAUGUGAUACCUCACGAACAACCCAAACUCUUCAAACUGACAGAAUUAGUUUAAUUUAUUUAUACAAAAAGGGAAAACAAUAAAUAUUAUUUAUGUAGAUAGAUUUAUUUACAAAGUUUGGCACAAUGAUAGAUUAUUUCAUCUUGUUACAAACAAAAUUCAGUGAUUAACAUUGAUAAACAGAAGGAAAAUGAUAAAUCAUGAGAUUUACUGUUGUUGUUCUUGAGGAAAAGAGAGAGAGAGAGAGAGAGAGAGAGAGAGA